AUGGUCAAGGGCAUCCACGAGCAGUAUUUCCUGGCAGGCUCGGACAUCUGUCAGACCAUCACCUUCAACAGCACCACGAUCUCACAAGGCAAGUUCAAGAUGCAGGCCGUUGUGUAUGAGAUGAACAAGGUGGGAGCAGAGCUGGCCAAGAAGGCAGCGGCCGAGGUGACGAAGAAGGAGCCGCACAGGCCCCGUUUCGUUGCUGGAGCGGUUGGACCUGCGUCGCCCAGCGUGGAGGACCCAUCUUCCUGCAACGUGAAUUUCGAUGAGCUGGUCGAGGCCUACAAGCAGCAGCUCAGCGGCCUUGUGGAUGGUGGCGUCGACCUGCUGAUGAUCGAGACCUGCGCGGCCGGACUCGUUGCGGUGGAGCAGUAUUUCCAAGAAACCAAACAGGAGCGGCUUCCAUUGAUGCUCAGCGCCACGGUCGACUGCAGCAGUGGCCGAACCCUCUCCGGGGAAAGCAUCGCAGAGUUCUACGACAGAGCGCGGCAAGCGAAGCCUUUCAGCAUCGGCAUCAAGUUCGCUGUCGGUGCUGAAUGUGCUGAUCACAUCAAGGACGUUAACACGGGCUGCGGCCACAUGUGCUUCAACGCUGGUGGCUACGAGGAGCGCCCCGCUCUCUUCUAUACCAACAUCUCGGACUUCCCCCUGGACGGUAUCCUGAACUUGAUGACAUAG